GGUCAGCCCAGCCGUCAGACGCAGAUCCUGGACGUUCCCCAGCCGCAUACGCUACCCGAUGGAACCGAGUCCUUCAAAGACUUUGCACAUAGUCGUAACAAUCGAUAUUUACAACCAGAAAGUGCUGCCAAAAAUCGCAUUUAUCCACCUUCAAAUGUUCUGCAUUAUUGGAACUGUCCACCCGGUUUCAGCACCGAAGAAAUUCAAAGCAUUUUUGCCAAUGCUGCCGUUGCAAUACCAUUAACUGUGACGCCUUUUCAGAAGAAUGAUAGAUCCUCUUCGGGCCUUCUUGAAUGGCGCACGCUCGAGGAGGCUUGCGAGGCUUUGAUUGUUUGUAAUCAUACUACUAUUCCUCGGGCUGGUUCACGUUUUCCCUUUACGAUGCGGCUGGCUUUCAGUUUUGCCUCACGCGACACCUUGACGCCGUCCCAACCGGAGGUUUGGCAACCAAGAUCGCGUCUCCCAUCACACUAA